CGGCAAAUAAUUUUCUUACAGACAAAAAAAUAAAACCGGAAAAAAUUAUCCAAUGUCCCCACACCUUGUUUUUUUCACCCUCUUUUCCGUCUUACAAGUGCAAUCACCUCUCUCCCCUGCUUAAUUUUCCCACAAAGACCCGUCCUCUGGAAGAGUAGCGACCCACUGAUAAUCUCCAAGCCUUCUCUCUCAGAGAUCCAUGAAAAAAAAUACUUAAAAAACUGAGAGACUGAAGGGUUCCAGAGAAGGUCGGAAAAUGGGCAAAUACAUGAGGAAGUCGAAAACCUCAAGUGAAGUCGCUCUCCCGGACCUCAGCCACGCACAAUCCUCUCUCGGGGUCCGGACCCGGGCCAAAACCCUAGCCCUCCAGCGCUUGCAGCGGUCAACGGCCGUCGCUCCCAGCGCCUCCUCCGCCGGCUGUUCUGAUUGUGGGUCCUACAUGCAGCUUCGCAACCGCCGCCUCCAGAAAUCCCCAAUUGGUUCCCACCCUAAGUCUUCUCCCCGCCCCCAGCGUUCGUGCCCUAGACCGAAUCUGACCCGAAACCAUGACCUGAGAGCCAGCCCACCGCUCAGGAAAAGUUCCUCUGGAAAUUCAAGCUCUGUUAAUAAGGACGGAGAGGAAAAGGGCGAAAAUUUUCUGCCGGAAAGUAAAGGUAGCGAUGAGGGUGCUGAUAAAGGAGACAAUUUAGACUUUGAGGCAUCAUUCGGGGAGAAUUUGGAGGAUUUCGAAGGUAGAGAAAGGACAACGAGGGAGAGCACACCUUGCAGUUUCAUAAGGGAUCCAAAUGCCAUCCAAACUCCACCAGGUUCCAGUACAUCAAGGCGUCUUACCAGCUUAGGCCAAGUCCAUAGCAGCAGGCCACAGAAUUCUUCGCAAAGUCCCAUCCCGGCAACUCGUGAAGUUGAUGAGUUCUUCUCGGAUGCUGAAGUGCAGCAACAAAGACAAUUCAUUGAAAAGUACAACUAUGAUCCAGUGAAUGAUAAGCCUCUCCCCGGACGUUAUGAAUGGAAAGAAGUGAAUCUUUAGAAAACAUGUAUCGGCGUACAAUCAAUCAAGAGUAGCCCUGCAUUCUUCUUGCUUCUGGCUUACGCAAGAUGAUGCGGAUUGCUUUAAUUUUACUUGUAAGAACCCUAGUCUAGGAUGUGUAGAGUAAUGAUCUGUAACAUAUCAGUGCUCAAAUUUGACAGAGCAAAUAUACCAAAAACCUUUUGUCUAACAGAUCAUCAUCAUCAUCAACAUGUGGGUGUAGUAGGGGGGAAGGGGGUAGUUCGGUAAUUGUAGUCGUAGUUGUAGGGGGGGUUAGCUUUUGCCAUUUGGGCUCUGUCCCAUUAGUAACAGAAGUUAACUAAUCUUUCCUUCUUUUUUUUUCUGGUUUUCAUGUAGUUUCUUGUCCCUUUCUGUUUCUGUUUAUAAGGUUCAUACUGUGUGUACUGCUGGAACUGUCAAGAAUUCAGAAUAAAUGAACUUAUUCCCC